AUGCUAAAAAGGAAACAGAGUUCAAGGGUGGAAGCCCAGCCAGUUACAGAUUUUGGUCCUGAUGAAUCUUUGUCAGACAAUGCAGAUAUUCUGUGGAUUAACAAACCAUGGGUACACUCAUUGCUCCGAAUCUGUGCCAUCAUCAGUGUUAUUUCUGUUUGUAUGAACACUCCAAAGACCUUUGAGCAUUAUCCUCCCCUCCAAUAUGUGACAUUUGCUCUUGAUACUCUACUGAUGUUUCUUUACACUGCAGAGAUGAUAGCAAAAAUGCAUAUCCGUGGGAUAGUUAAGGGUGAUAGCUCCUAUGUAAAGGAUCGUUGGUGUGUGUUUGAUGGAUUCAUGGUCUUUUGCCUUUGGGUGUCACUGGUUUUGCAGGUGUUUGAAAUUGCUGAAAUAGUUGACCAGAUGUCACCAUGGGGCAUGUUACGGAUUCCACGACCACUCAUUAUGAUUCGAGCUUUCCGGAUAUAUUUUCGUUUUGAGCUGCCAAGAACUAGGAUAACAAAUAUCUUGAAGCGUUCUGGAGAGCAAAUCUGGAGUGUUUCAAUUUUCCUUCUGUUCUUUCUCCUCCUGUAUGGGAUCCUGGGAGUGCAAAUGUUUGGAACUUUUACGUACCAUUGUGUAACUGACGACACGCAGCCAGGAAAUGUAACCUGGAAUAAUUUAGCUAUCCCAGACACCCACUGUUCCAGAGAGCUAGAAGAAGGUUACCAGUGCCCACCUGGAUUUAAAUGCAUGGACCUUGAAGAUCUGGGACUAAGCAGGCAAGAGCUGGGCUACAGUGGCUUUAAUGAGAUAGGCACAAGCAUAUUUACUGUUUACGAAGCUGCUUCCCAGGAGGGCUGGGUCUUCCUUAUGUACCGAGCAAUCGACAGUUUUCCCCGAUGGCGUUCAUAUUUCUAUUUCAUCACCUUAAUUUUCUUUCUGGCCUGGCUCGUUAAGAAUGUUUUCAUCGCAGUCAUCAUUGAAACGUUUGCAGAAAUUAGAGUGCAGUUCCAGCAGAUGUGGGGGUCCAGGAGCAGUACUACCUCAACUGCCACCACCCAGAUGUUUCAUGAAGAUGCUGCUGGAGGGUGGCAGCUUGUGGCUGUUGAUGUGAAUAAACCCCAGGGCAGAGCUCCUGCAUGUCUACAGAAAAUGAUGAGGUCAUCUGUGUUUCAUAUGUUCAUAUUAAGCAUGGUGGCUGUAGAUGUGAUUGUUGCUGCUAGUAACUACUACAAAGGAGAAAAUUUCAAGAGACAAUACGAUGAAUUUUACCUAGCUGAGGUUGCUUUUACAGUUCUGUUUGAUUUAGAAGCUCUUCUGAAGAUCUGGUGUUUGGGUUUCACAGGAUACAUCAGCUCAUCUCUUCACAAGUUUGAGUUGCUGCUUGUAAUUGGAACCACUCUUCAUAUUUAUCCAGACCUGUAUCACUCCCAGUUUACAUAUUUUCAGGUUCUUAGAGUAGUUCGGCUUAUAAAGAUUUCUCCUGCUUUGGAGGAUUUUGUGUAUAAGAUAUUUGGACCGGGAAAAAAACUUGGGAGUUUGGUGGUAUUUACUGCCAGCCUUUUAAUUGUAAUGUCAGCAAUCAGUUUACAGAUGUUUUGCUUUGUGGAAGAACUGGAUAGAUUUACAACCUUUCCACGGGCAUUCAUGUCAAUGUUUCAGAUUCUCACACAGGAAGGAUGGGUGGAUGUCAUGGAUCAGACACUUAAUGCUGUAGGACACAUGUGGGCACCAGUAGUUGCUAUUUAUUUUAUAUUGUAUCAUCUUUUUGCUACUCUGAUUCUACUCAGCCUGUUUGUUGCUGUUAUUUUGGACAACUUGGAACUUGAUGAAGAUCUGAAGAAACUUAAACAACUAAAACAAAGUGAAGCAAAUGCAGACACAAAGGAAAAGCUUCCAUUGCGUCUACGCAUCUUUGAAAAAUUUCCAAACAGGCCACAAAUGGUGAAAAUCUCCAAGCUUCCUUCAGAUUUCACAGUUCCAAAAAUAAGGGAAAGUUUUAUGAAGCAAUUUAUUGAUCGCCAGCAACAAGAUACCAGCUGUUUGCUACGAAGACUUCCUUCAGCAUCUUCUUCCUCAUGUGACCACUCUAAAAGAUCAGCAAUUGAAGACAACAAAUACAUUGAUCAAAAGCUCCGUAAAUGUGUUUUCAGCAUCAGAGCAAGAAAUCUUCUGGAAAAAGAGACAGCAAUCAAUAAAAUUCUAAGGGCCUGCACUAGACAACGCAUGCUGAGUGGAUCCUUUGAGGGGCAGCCAGCAAAGGAAAGAUCAAUACUUAGUGUCCAGCAUCAUAUACGACAAGAACGCAGGUCACUGAGACAUGGUUCCAACAGCCAGCGAAUCAGCAGAGGAAAAUCUCUUGAAACGUUGACUCAAGAUCACUCCAAUACAGUGAGAUACAGAAAUGCACAGAGAGAAGACAGUGAGAUAAAGAUGAUCCAAGAAAAAAAAGAACAAGCUGAAAUGAAAAGAAAAGUCCAGGAAGAGGAGCUGCGAGAGAAUCAUCCAUAUUUUGAUAAGCCACUUUUCAUAGUUGGUCGUGAGCACAGAUUCAGGAAUUUCUGCCGAGUUGUGGUACGAGCGCGCUUCAAUGCUUCUAAAACAGAUCCUGUUACUGGAGCUGUGAAAAAUACCAAAUACCAUCAGCUUUAUGACUUGCUGGGUUUGGUUACUUACUUGGACUGGGUCAUGAUCAUUGUUACUAUAUGCUCCUGCAUUUCCAUGAUGUUUGAAUCCCCCUUUAGAAGAGUUAUGCAUGCUCCAACACUACAGAUUGCUGAAUAUGUUUUUGUAAUAUUCAUGAGCAUUGAGCUUAAUCUGAAGAUUAUGGCAGAUGGCUUGUUUUUUACACCAACAGCUGUCAUUAGGGACUUUGGAGGAGUUAUGGACAUAUUUAUAUAUCUUGUGAGUUUGAUAUUCUUGUGCUGGAUGCCUCAGAAUGUCCCUGCCAAAUCCGGGGCUCAGCUCUUAAUGGUGCUGCGCUGCCUCCGACCUCUUCGGAUUUUCAAACUGGUCCCUCAGAUGAGGAAAGUGGUGCGAGAGCUGUUUAGUGGCUUUAAGGAAAUCUUUUUGGUUUCUAUCCUUUUGCUGACAUUAAUGCUUGUUUUUGCAAGCUUUGGAGUGCAGCUAUUUGCUGGAAAACUGGCUAAAUGCAAUGAUCCACACAUCGUCUCUAGGGAAGACUGUCAUGGCAUCUUCAGAAUAAAUGUAAGUGUUUCCAAAAAUCUCAAUUUAAAGUUAAGACCUGGAGAGAAAAAGCCUGGAUUUUGGGUGCCACGAGUCUGGGCAAAUCCUCGGAAUUUUAAUUUUGACAAUGUGGGGAAUGCAAUGCUGGCACUAUUUGAAGUUCUUUCAUUAAAAGGCUGGGUGGAAGUCAGAGAUGUUAUUAUUCAUCGUGUUGGGCCGAUCCAUGGAAUCUACAUUCAUGUUUUUGUAUUCCUUGGCUGCAUGAUCGGGCUGACCCUGUUCGUUGGAGUUGUCAUUGCUAAUUUCAAUGAAAACAAGGGAACAGCUUUGCUGACCGUGGAUCAGAGACGGUGGGAAGAUCUGAAAAGUAGACUGAAGAUAGCACAACCUCUUCAUCUCCCACCUCGUCCCGAUAAUGAUGGAUUCAGAGCUAAGAUGUAUGAUAUAACUCAGCAUCCAUUUUUUAAGAGAACUAUUGCUGUACUUGUUCUGGCCCAGUCUGUGUUGUUAUCAGUCAAGUGGGACGCUGCAGAUCCGGUGACUGUGCCUUUAGCAACAAUGUCUGUUGUUUUCACCUUCAUUUUUGUCCUUGAGGUCACGAUGAAGAUUAUUGCCAUGUCACCAUCUGGCUUCUGGCAAAGCAGAAGAAAUCGGUAUGAUCUGUUGGUGACAUCUCUUGGAGUUAUAUGGGUGAUACUUCACUUUGCCUUACUGAAUGCCUACACAUACAUGAUGGGGGCAUGCGUAAUUGUCUUCAGGUUUUUCUCAAUUUGUGGGAAGCACGUGACACUAAAAAUGUUACUCCUGACUGUGGUCGUCAGCAUGUACAAGAGUUUCUUCAUCAUAGUGGGAAUGUUCUUACUGCUACUGUGUUAUGCUUUUGCUGGAGUGGUUUUAUUUGGUACAGUGAAAUAUGGAGAGAACAUCAACAGACAUGCAAAUUUUUCAUCUGCUGGCAAGGCUAUUACUGUACUCUUCAGAAUAGUUACAGGAGAAGACUGGAACAAAAUUAUGCAUGACUGCAUGGUUCAACCUCCAUUUUGUACACCAGAUAACAGCACAUACUGGAAAACAGACUGUGGAAAUUAUGCUGGUGCUCUUAUGUAUUUCUGUUCAUUUUAUGUCAUCAUUGCAUAUAUCAUGCUAAAUUUACUUGUUGCCAUCAUUGUGGAGAAUUUCUCAUUGUUUUACUCAACUGAAGAAGACCAGCUUUUAAGUUAUAAUGACCUUAGGCAUUUUCAAAUUAUAUGGAACAUGGUUGAUGACAAAAGAGAGGGAGUAAUCCCUACUUUCCGAGUGAAAUUUCUGCUGAGGCUUCUGCGGGGCAGGCUGGAGGUGGAUCUCGACAAAGACAAGCUGCUGUUCAAGCACAUGUGCUACGAAAUGGAACGGCUCCAUAAUGGUGGUGAUGUUACUUUCCAUGAUGUGCUCAGCAUGCUUUCAUAUAGAUCUGUUGAUAUCAGAAAAAGUCUUCAACUGGAAGAGCUGCUUGCUAGGGAACAACUGGAAUAUACCAUAGAAGAGGAAGUGGCCAAACAGACCAUACGCAUGUGGCUGAAGAAGUGCUUAAAGCGAAUCAGAGCAAAACAACAGCAGUCAUGCAGCAUUAUCCACAGUCUACGAGAGAGUCAACAGCAGGAGUUGAGCCGGUUCCUUAAUCCUCCCAGCAUUGAGACAACACAGCCAAGUGAAGAUAUGAAUGCUGUUAAUCAGGAUAACAGUGCACAGCCAGAGACAAGUAGCCAGCAGCAGCUCCUUAGCCCAACACUUUCGGACAGAGGUGGCUACGGACAAGACUCUGCAGAUGCUGGGAAGCCUCAGCGGAAAUUCGGACAGUGGCGUUUGCCAUCAGCCCCCAAACCAAUAAGCCAUUCCGUGUCUUCAGUCAACCUACGCUUUGGUGGACGUUCGACUAUGAAAUCUGUUGUAUGCAAAAUGAAUCCCAUGUCUGAUGCUGCUUCUUGUGGAUCAGAAGUCAAGAAAUGGUGGACAAGACAAUUAACUGUGGAGAGUGAUGAGAGUGGAGAGGACCUUCUUGAUAUCUGA